CAAAACCAGUCCAAGCUAUACAUUUAUACACGAGAGCUGUACGUAUAGAUUGAGGUCCUGAAAAGUCUAAGAGCAAAAGCAGAAAGCAAACCCUAGAAAAUCGAGAGAUCUGUUCGAGCAAGAUGGGAGUGGGAGGAGGAUCAUCAGCCAAGGUGAAGUCGGUGGUGUACGCACUGUCGCCGUAUCAGCAGCAGACGAUGCCUGGUCUCUGGAAGGAUUUCACCAGUAAGAUCUACAAGAGGACUCUUGGUGAUUGGGUCAGCAUCUCUCUCGUUGCCGUCCCUGUCAUCGGAACUUACUUAUAUGCUAAUGACUACAAGGAGAAGGAGAAGUUGUCACAUAGAUACUGAAGUUGGGUGUGACGUGAGGUGCUUUAUAUACUAAUGAAAUUGAACUUUCUCCAUUUCCGUUUAGAGAUUCUUAUGUUUUCUGUUGUAAUGCAAAUAAAGGGAGUGUACGUCUAGAUGCUGCACUUAUUGCAACUUUUGUACUAUAAUAUGCCAUGAUGGUUGGUUUGUUUGCAUUAAAAAUGUUUGAAGAUCUCACAUCUCCAUCAAUAUGAUUUUUUUAGACAUGAA